GACUGUAGGCCUGUAGACUGAAGGCCUAGGACUUUGAGCAGACUUUGAGCCAUGCAUUGUUGACUCCGACUCCGACUCCGAAUCCGGGCAGAACUGUCGACUCCGAAUGACUCCGACUUCGACUCCGACUCCGACUCCAUAGCCUGUGGCGGCUGCUCUAACUUUCAAGAGUUGCAAUCAUCCCUAUUGUCUAAUGGUCGCUACUCGAUAAACGUGCACAUUUUCGCCGUAGGUUUCCUGCGAUGGCAAGCACUACUUCAUGCUUACAUAUGUAGGCGCCUCGUUUUGUUUCAAUUUACUUUUCCUGACUAGCGUAACAUCGUUUGCCCGUCUCGGCCCUGCCUGUAAACUGAACCUUCCACGGUCCCAUUCGGUCCGGCCGGCUCCCCGUAUCUCAGUGCGUGGAAGCAGGCGCCAGUCGGACCGCAGUCAGCUGACUAUACUCCACGCUACCCGGUAGCCGAGAGCGUGGAUCGAUGUCUGGCUCUACCGACGCCGCCUGCCGCACGCGCUCAGUCGGCUGAUUGUGAAACGCUGCCGGCGAGCCACGCCACGUGUUUGGGAGUUCGAGGAUAUUGUAGAGUUUGAGAUGGACGCCGAUCCCGUGCGAUGUCUUCUUCGAGCGGCCAACUUUGCGGCCAUCAAACACAAGGACCAGCGGAGGAAGGAUCCCGACAAGACGCCCUACAUCAACCACCCGAUCGGGGUGGCUUAUAUUUUGAUGGACGAGGGCGAUGUUACCGACAGUGAGGUACUGCAGGCCGCCAUCCUCCAUGACACCGUCGAGGAUACCGACACCACUUUGGACGAGAUCCAAGAUGUCUUCGGCGAAAAGGUCCGGUCCAUCGUCGCUGAGGUCACCGAUGACAAGUCGCUGCCCAAGGCGGAGCGGAAGCGCCUGCAGGUGGAGCACGCCGCCUCGCGCAGCCACCAGGCCAAGCUGGUCAAGCUGGCCGACAAGCUGUACAACCUGCGUGACCUGUGCCGCACCACGCCCGAGGGCUGGGACGAGCAGCGCGUGGCCGAGUACUUCCAGUGGGCGGCACGGGUGGUGCGCGGUCUGCGCGGCACUAACCGGCCGCUGGAGGAGCGGCUCGAGCGGCUGUUCAAGGAGCGACAGGUGCCCGACUGCUGAUGGCCUGAUGAGUGGUGAAUGAAUGGAACCUCAGUGGAUUGGACUGAUGGGCUGAGUGUCUGCUGGCAUGUGUAGUGUGGGUGUCAGUGUACUUGCCAUACAGAUAUUUUUUCUGGUUUCUUUAUUCGAUUGAUAUAUUUAACUAUUUGUGAAUUGCGAACCUUUUUCCCAUUCUAUCCCGGUUAAACUCAUUUCAACGCAGCACCUGACUGCCGUCUCCCUCUCCCACUCAAGUUGGCGCCUCUUUGCUAUUAAACUAGUAUCAGUGAAUCAAUGAUAUAUGCUAUAUCCAGGUGUGACCAUUUGUUUUGCUCUACACACACUUAACAUCAUCCAGUCAAAAGGCAUGAGAACUUCUAUCUGAAUCUCAAUAUUCACCAGUUGCAUCCUGUUUCCUGAUAUAACUUGUAAACCAUGCUUAUGAUGGCAUGAGUGCUCAACUUCCACUGAUACGACGUGCCUGAACUUCGGAUUGUUGAAUAAAUGCCUGUUCAAACUAGAAA